UCCUAUAGUUUCAACAUGGGCAACCCUAAACAAGCAUGCGACAACUGCCGUCGUCGCAAAAUCAAAUGUUCCCGCGAACUGCCCUGCGACAAAUGCCAACGGCUUCUACUAUCAUGUUCGUACAGUGAUGUUCUCCGUCGCAAAGGCCCGAAAUUCCGAACUCUCUACCCGCUGGCCGUCAACCCAGCCAAAGCCGUGUAUCCCGACCUCGACAUGCCGUACCGACUCGAAUCCCCCAUUUCCCCAUUUUCCCCCUUCAACAUUGCCGAAGCCCAAUUCCCCAACGACCUCUCCGAGGCCUUUUCCCAACUCCCUCCCGAACUCGUUUCCUCUCCCGGAUCAACGGAUUCCACCGCGGAAUCCGCAAAUGGAUACGCACUCCCCCACGCCCGGCGUCUCUCACCCCAGAUUCUGCUCGCGCAUGUCAAUGUCUAUCUGAAAUACCUAUUCCCCAUUAUGCCCGUCGUGCGCGGGGAACAGUUACGCCAAGAUAGCCACCAGCCAACGCGAUUAUCACGCAAGCGCUACGCAUUCCUGGCAUCUCUCUGCGCGGCAACGCAUAUCCAGCUGAAACUGGAUGGCGCGACGCCGGUGACGGACUCGGCUCGGGGGCAGAGCAUCGGGGAUGGGCAGUCGUUGAUGUCGGGGGAGGAACUGCUAGCGGAGGCUGUGCGGGCGCGGUGUGAAUGCGAUGUGGCCGAGGAGAUGAGUACGGAGGCAUUGUUGACUUGUUUCUUUUUGUUUGCGUCGUAUGGGAAUCUGGAUCGGCAGGCUCAUGCUUGGUGUUAUCUAUGUCAGGCUACUUCGAUGGUGUUUUCGCUGGGGUUGAAUCGUGAGUCGACGUUUGCGGAGCUGGGGAUGGAAGAGGCGGAGGAGAGGAGGCGCAUAUUUUGGUUGUUGUUUAUUACGGAGAGAGGGUAUGCUCUCCAACAAGCUAAGCCGGUGAUGUUGCGAAGCUCGAUUCACAAGCCGCAGGUUCUUGGCUCGGAGGAUCCCAUUCUGGCAUAUGGGUUUAUCAACUUGAUCAAUAUCUUUGAAAAACUCACUCCUGAUCUAUAUGACUGGCUGUCAGCGGGAGGUGGAGAAAGUAUUCUGGAGAGACCCCCGACAUCUGCAAUCCAGUCCGGUCUGUGCAAGAAUAUCUCGCUAGAUGGAGUGCUUGAGAUUCAGCAAGUGGAUAUCUUGAUCACGCAGCAAUGGCUGCAAGCGAUGAUGUGGAAAUUGUCUAUGAGCCACGCUACACAGCCUGGUUCCCACGAUGAUGCAGUACUACCAUUCCACCUCCCAGUGAUGGUAGGCAAAGCCGUGAUGGGGGUGAUUGGUGCUGCAUCGCAAGGUGCGGUGGAUGCUCAUGGCAUUGGAAUGGAACAAAAGCUGUUCGACAUGGGCUCCUCCGUUGCAGACGUCACAAGAUCCCUGGGUUCAAAGGCCGUCCGUCGCCUUGCUGAAUCAACUAUCGAUCCAAACGAAUUACUGUGGGGAAUACUGCACACGCUUUCCCAGAUUCGUGGCUCGCCUUCAUACCUCUUCCCGACAUUACUGGAGCGCUGCAAGACCGUGUUGGGGUUGGAUGGAACCAUCAACACGGGGAAUUUUCUGCCUAUCCUUGGUGCGGCAGUGCCGGAUCAGCUUGCAUCGUGGUCUGGUCAGCAUGUUUGGGAUUACUCUGCUGGUUCGGAGGAUAUCCGUGAGAUACCCGAGGCUGAUCACGACCAUGAAAAGGGGCUGGCUCCACAAGAUCUUGUGUUUCAGGCUGGUCUGAUGGGAUAG